CCCCCUGCCCCUGGGUCGCUCUUUUUAAGCUCCCCUGAGCCGGGGCUGCGCUCCUCUAAUUGGGACUCCGAGUCGGGGCUAUUUCUGGUGUUGGCGCGGCUCCAAGAAGGCGUGAGUUCGCCGCCGCUCGGGUGGCUUCUUCUUUUUUUUUUUUUCUCUCCCUUCUUUCCUUGUAGGUCUAGAAUCUAAUCACGUUCUUAUUUAUUGAGGCCGCGCACGGGCCGUGCCCAGCUUCCUGCCCCUCGCCAUCCUCCGGGGGAGCGGGAUCCGUCCGUGUUCCCUCGCCCCAGCUCGGAUGUGACACACAUCCCCGGCGGGGAGGCCCGGGCGGCGCGCACGCAGCGGUCUCGGCGCCUCUGCCCUCUCUCCGGGUUUCAGAUCCGCAUUUGCGAGCGGCGGCAGCGGCGGAGGCGGAGGCAGAGCCCAGGCCGGUGCCCUGCGCCCAGCCCCGCCGCACCCGGCAGCCCCGAGCGCGCCCCGCCGGCGGCCUGCGGAGCUCGCGACUCACUCAGUGCUGCCCCACACACAGAGAAGGAGAAUGAGCGAGUCGGGCUCAAAGUCCAGCCAGCCCCUGGCCUCCAAGCAGGAAAAGGAUGGCACAGAGAAGCGAGGCCGGGGUAGGCCACGCAAGCAGCCUCCGGUGAGUCCGGGGACAGCGCUGGUAGGGAGUCAGAAGGAGCCCAGUGAAGUGCCAACUCCCAAGAGACCUCGGGGCCGGCCAAAGGGAAGCAAGAAUAAGGGCGCCGCCAAGACGCGGAAAGCCACUACAGCUCCAGGGAGGAAGCCCAGGGGCAGACCCAAGAAACUGGAGAAGGAGGAAGAGGAGGGCAUCUCCCAGGAGUCCUCGGAGGAGGAGCAGUGACCACUCGCAGUGCCGCCUGCUCCUUAGUCUCUGAGGAGCAGCUAGCUAUCCCCUGGGACUGGAAACCCCGCUCCCAGGCCCCUCCCCGCCCCCAUUGCACACUACCGCACCAGGCACCAGCUGCAGGCUCUGCUCUGCGGCACCCACGGGAGCAGGAUUUGGCUCAGUCCCUGUGCCCUCCUCCCCGACACACCUGCCCCCUCCUGACAAGGCUAACUUCCCAUUUAGCCGCAGCCUUGCCUGCUGCGCGUGCACCUCCCUUAGAGCCAAGGCUCUCUGGGCGCUUUGUUUUGCCGGUCCCUUCUGCCCUGCUGUUCCUGGCUUCCCCAUUGAGGGUCCUGGGAGCAUUCCCUGGCCUUAAGGGGCCUCAGCCCCAUCUCAUUCUGACAAGCCCCAUUGGUUGGCCUGGCAGCAGCAGUGACAUCAGUGCAGGGGAUGCUUAGAUCCCAGCAUGUGCCCCACCAGAGUGUCACCAGGUGGGCUUCUCAGCCCCUCCCGCCCCACCCUACCAAGAUUCCUGCACUGGGCCGGCUGAGCCCCUUGGUUGGACUACAGGAAGUAGGAUGGUGUUGGCUCCACCCACUUUGCUGCUCCCACCUGGGACGAGACAGAUGGGUUACCUCCCAUCUCGCUUCCACCUAAGGCGAGGGGCACCAACAAGCCUCCCACUACACUCUAGGCAGCUCCUGCCUCCCUCCCGCCGGGCACUAAGGAGCUAGCCUUGCUGCCCAUCCUUUUCGCUCCUCCCUGCCCCCCAAGGUUCUGGUUCCCUCUUUCCUCUGUUCACAAACUACCUCUGGACGGUUGUGUUGUUUUUUUUUUUUGUUGUUGUUCAAUGUUCAUUCUUAGACACCCACCAUUGCUGCUGCUACCAGCGCCAGAUGUUCAUCCUCCUGAUUUUGCCUGUAUUCUCCCCCUACCCCCCACAAUACACUCUUGGGGAAGGGGGGGCUGGGGCACAGCAGGCUGGUCACCUACCCCACACUAGGGAUGAUGGGGUCCUGCCCCAUGGAUGCUGCAGCAGAGUGAGGAAGGAGGCCCACUUUGAUGGGAAAAAGGUGUAGGACCACCUCCCCUUGUUCUGUUGGGGAGCGGUGGCCAGGAUUUGUCCCAGCCUGGGGCUUCCCCUCUGGUUUCCUAUUUGCAGUUACUUGAAUAAAAAAAUAGCCUUUUCUGGAA